GACGUUUCUUUGCAGAUGCAGUCUUAUGCAUAUUUAUAACCUCUGAUCGCAAUCUAGGCAAAGAAGAAUCACUUCAGUUUGAAAUAUCUGAAUUGGAAGAAAAAUUUCUUAAACAAGUGGGAUUUCCGCUCUGGCCGAAAGAAUGGGUAGUGAUCUUGAAUUAUCCAAUGAUUCCAUAUAAUGAUCAAAUAAAAUCGCCGUUAACUGGAG